UUAUUCUCAAAAAUUCUUAAAAAUGGUUAUUAAAAAAUCAAGUGAAACUUCUUCAAAAUUGCCCAAAUUCAGCUCAACAGAGCCCGAAAUCACAGACCCUAAAUUCCAAGAAGAACUCCCAGAAAUCACGAACUUUAUCACCAACACAGCCCCGUCCCCCCUCCAAAGAUCAACGAAUAAAAUAAAAGAAAACCUCAAAAUCAACGGCUUUGAGCCCCCAAAUUCCAUCACACAACAGCCAAAAACUCUCAGUCAGAAAUUAUCCAGGCAGGAUAGAGGUCAAGGGUCUGGGGGUAGAGAGAUGCUAGAGAUGCUCAGUAAUGAUUUAAGGGAAUAUCCAGUGUAUUUUUCGGAUCAUGAGAAGGGGAAUUAUGGUGAUUUUGGUGAAGAUGGAGCUCCGAAAGCAUAUCUGAUAGAGCCUUAUGCAAGAAGAGGUACUUCAAAGUCAUUGUUCAACGCACCUCCUUGUGGAGAUGGUAUACAAGGAAAUUCGAAGUUCUUAGCUCAGCCUGGUUCUAAAGCUCAAAUCCAAUGGAUUAUCCAGAACCCUGUUCCUGGAGGUCACUGACAAAUAAAACUUUCUAGUGCUCAUUCUGAUGACAUCUCCUCCUAUAAUUUUCUCCAAGUGAAUGUUAAUGACUUCAACUCCAGGACUGGUACCUUCAGUUGUGGGGAUCCUCAGAAGACCAUUGAGGAGGCAACAGUGGUGUUUCCUUACGAUAUCUACUGCGAGAGGUGCACUCUUCAAUGGAUUUACAAUGCUCCAGGGUAUGGAUCAAUCUUCCAAUGAUCAGAUAUCUCCCUUCAAUCAGGAGAGGUGAGAGAAAAUGAAUGCCCAGUCGAAUGCAUCAAUGGAGGAGUCUGCCAAGAUAGCCUCUGCUACUGAGCAGCAGGAUAUUUCGGAGAGUCUUGUGAGAACAUAGGAGAUCCUAAGCAGUUCUAUGAGCCGGUGGCUCAUAGAUAUCCUCUGGAAUCUCCCUAUUCUAAGUCUCUAUCUCCUUCAGAUACAAGUGGAAGUAUGGGAUUCUUUGGGUGGUAUUUCCUCUUUCUCUUUCUUGCUCUGUUAAUCUCUGGACUUAUUGCUGCAUUCUGUUUCUUCUUUUAUAAAAAUGAGAUUAAAGAAAUCCUCGGUAUGAGGGAGAGAGAAGAUCCUAGAAAUUUAAGAAAAGAUUUUGAGCAAUCAGACAGAAGAGAUAUAGAAAAUAUCAGAGAGAAACAAAGAAGAGAAUUGAUUGAAAGAGAAAAUAAAAGAAAGGAGGAAGUUGAAAAAGAGCGAAAAGAAUUAGAAAGAAAAUUAAAGCAAGAUCUUAAGAACAAAGAAACACAGGAUGAUAAUAGUCAUGUAGAGGAAACUAAACAAGAGAAUAAACAAAAGGCUAAAAAUAGUAAAAACGAACAAAAUAGCAAGAAAAAGGACAAGAAAUCUAAAAAAUCUAAAUCAAAAUCAAAAAAAAAGUCAAAACAAUCCAAAUCCCCCAAAAAUCCCAAAAGUCCUCAAAAAGACUACCUAAAAGUCCCCUCUCCAGCCCUGCACUAACCCACCCCCACUUCCUCCAAAAAAAUUUCAACA